AUGGCCUCCUACCACCGCUGCCACAAUUGUGGAUGCGAAACGGAUGUCUCCAAUGCCAUUGCAGCGUUCGAGGAGAACCCGCACUGUCGACAGUGUGGCCUGUCGGUCGCGGAGAGUGACUCCAAGAUGACCGAUGACUUGGUCAACAUGAUGGGGCAGCACUUCCAUCUCAAUCCUGUUCAGACCCAGAACGCGUCUAUGCCAUCUACACCGCAAGUAUCUCCCCAACCAGCUCCAAUCACCUACAUUACACAGCAUUACCACCAUUCUGCCCAUCAGGUGCCCGAAAGAUCGGCUUCAGAGGUCCUCGAGGAAGCUGGCGUGAAUGCUUCGGCUCUUCUCCCUUCACAGAUUCUUCUGUUCAAGGGUGCCGACGACAACCAGAAGCAAAGGCUCGUGGAACUGUGGAGAAUCGCUCCACCCACUCCUGGUAGCCAACUUCCUCCCUCGGCGAACGAGAAUUGGCCUCAGACCAGCAUGGAUCAGGAAGAAGAGGCUGCCAGGAUCAGAUGGGAGGCAAUGGAGCGAGAGCGUCUGAAGAAUCUCUGUGCUCUCCCGGGCUACGACGCUCGCAGUGCUGCGGAACCCUAUAUGACCAACCUGUACAAGGACGCAUCCAGCACUUCUGAGCAUGACCGCCCAUCAGACGACUACAAACGUUGCAAGGACCCGGUGUAUAACCACGCUCGCGAGUGGUGGGCAGUCGGACUUGACACCGAACCAAUGGAGCACCAAUACGGAUUACUUCAGCAUAUGAUGUGGAGCCAAGGCGACCUGUAUACACCGAAGCGUCAAGAUGAAGAUCAAGAAAUGCUUUGA